AUGGAGACUAUAGUGCCUCAACAGAAUGAUAAAAAAAAGUUUCAAAUUGGUGCAAGGCGUUCCUUUGCAUCGAGUGAAACCCAUCCACCACCUUUAGUUGAGAAUCAUAUCCAGUCGAAGAGUCAUCUUAAUUUGGUUGAGAAUAACAAACCAAUCAAUUUAAACAAAGAAACGCCUCCACAAACAGUCGAACAAAAACCAAAACGUGAUAGAAUUGUUGAAGAAAUAUACUCCACGGAAUUGUCAUACGUCACUUCCCUUGGGGUGUGCGAAAGUUGUUAUCGCUCGCCAAUGAUGAAAGACAACUCCCCAUUCAAGCACGAAGACGUGAACGAAAUUUUCAAAUUUUUCGACGAGGUUUUGAAAUGCAAUAGAGAGUUUCUGUCAAUGCUAGUGCAAGCGCGAAAGAACGACACACUCAAGAACUCAAUCUCUAAAAUAUUCCUGAGGUUUUGCCCCUUCUUUGCAAUUUACCAACACUUCCUGAUUAAUCACGACAACGCUUUUUCUAUACUCACCAAACUUGAAGACAACUCAAAGCUCUCGGCUUUCCUUCAGACGUGUCAAGAGUCAAUUACUGUCCCGCAGAAACUCGAUCUUAGAGACUACCUGAUCAUGCCAGUACAGCGCCUUCCAAGGUACAAUUUACUAUUAACAGACCUCCUCAAAAACACCCCACAAGACCACGUCGAAUUUCAAGAUUUGACAAAAGCGGUGGAAUCCGUUCGAGAAGUCGCCUCGAAAGUGAAUAGCUCGAUAUCUGCGACUUGGAGGCAAAAGAGGGUUGUCGAGUUAACAAAGAAACUGUAUAAACUCGAUAACUUCGAGUUGGUCGAACCGCAUCGAACUUUUGUAUUAGAAGCGUGUGUACAACAGGGUACACACACUGGUUUUCAAAAACGUGUUCUUUUGGUGUUUAACGAUGUUAUUCUCUUGACGAAGAAAGAAGAGAAACUCCGAAUACACCACGUGAUCAAAAUCAGCCAUUUGAAGGUUGCUGAGUCUGAAAGGGAAGACGUGCUUGUGUUUUACUCUGACGAGAAGUCAUGUGAAAUACUUUUUGACACACAAAGUGAAGCUGAAGAGCUCAAGAAAGAGGUCACUGAAAUUCAGUCGAAGUUUAAGAAUGAAAGUGUUGCAUUUGCUGAAUUAGUUAUUCCACCAGAAGAUGUCACAUUAUGUGCCGGAUGUUCUUGUGUUUUUGGGAAGAGAAAAAGAAAGAACUUCUGUAAGAAGUGCAAGAGCUAUGUCUGUCAAAAGUGUUGGAACAAUUCGCAGAAGUGUUGCGACAUGUGUGAGAUCCGCAAAGACUCCGAGCAGAAAAUAAAGAGCCCACGAAACUCAGACAAAGCAAAACAAAAACCACUUAAGGUCGAGCAAGUCGCUGGAAUCAUCAAUUUGGAUGUCCCAGAAGUUUCUAAGGUGGAAGAAAAGGUGUUGCCCAUUGUAACGCCUAUUGUUGAUAAAGUCGAAGUUAAGAACGUGGUCGACGUUCAAUUGAGUGAAGUUGUUCUACCAAAGGAAAACACAAUUGAAGAGGUCAUCCCGAAGGAAGUCCCAUCUAAAGUAACUGAAAUUGAAAAAGAGGAACCAAAAGAACAGGAGUACUCUGAAGUAUCAGAUGAAGAGCCAAAAGUGCCUGUUGACAUUAAAGCCAAACAAGAAGAGAUUCGUCCAAAGUUUAUACGACGUUGUGAGAUGAAAGAAGAAAUUAAAAAGAUUGAUGAGAAGAAGUUUGAUGAAACCAUUAUACCUGAGGGACCAGGAAGAGUCAAAUUCUUACUCAAGUUGAAUGAGAUGAGAAUUCAGAAAGAGAAGGAGAGUUUCGAGAGAGACGUCGUCAAAAAGCCAGUCAGAAAAUUUGUUGCGAAAAAGAAUUGA